UCCCUUAGUUAAUCGGUAUGAUGGGUUAGUGGGUUCAACCCAAAUUCUCUAUACAAAGCACACUUUAGAUUUUGGAAGCAAAUUGCUCUUAUACUGAUUGUGUUGUUCAAUACGUCACCAAAUCUCAGUCUACAAAAAAUAUUGAAACUCAAUGACUGAAUCAAUGAAUGCUUCUUUGCUUCCUCCACACCCAUCCCUUUCUUUUGGCUGUUCCUCAUUGAUGCUAUUUACCAAACUGACCUACCAAGCCAAGUUAUCAAAAACAUGAUUCUUCUGUUUAAUGCGUGCCAUGAAUGUCAUCUUGCUUGCAUGCCACUCUUCUCAGUCUGCCUUCAGCUUUUAACUCUCUGUUCAUAACUCUCCACUCCACCACUUCGACCGUUAAAGCCAUACCCAUAAUCUAAAAUUUUAUUUUUAUUUCAUUGUUUAAUGUCUUCUCCUAACAACCCAACACAACACGAGGCUGAAUUCAUGCCGGUUUUUGAAGCUAUUAGGAGGGCUAAGCGCUUAAGGUUGUUUGAGCCGUCUUUGGGCGUUCUUGGGUUUGUUCUUGUUACUGUCUUUGUGAUUUGUUGCUUCUUCUUCUCGGAUAAUAGAUACUCUGCUUCAAGAUUUGGAUUCUUGGAACUAUCACAGAGGUUUUCUUGGUUGCGGAUAAAAGGGUCUACUGGGGAACGCAGAGUUGAGUUUCUUGGAGGCGAGGGUGGAGGGUGUGAUUUGUUUGAUGGGGAAUGGGUUUGGGAUGAGAACUACCCUUUGUAUCAUUCAAAAGAUUGCAGCUUUCUUGACGAAGGUUUUCGAUGUUCGGAGAAUGGAAGACGUGAUUUGUAUUACACAAAGUGGAGGUGGCAGCCCAAAGGUUGUAACUUGCCAAGAUUGAAUGCAACGUUGAUGUUGGAGAAACUGCGAAACAAACGAAUAGUGUUUGCGGGGGACUCAAUUGGGAGAAACCAAUGGGAGUCACUCUUAUGCUUGCUCUCUAGUGGAGUUCCUAACAAGGAAUCAAUCUAUGAAGUGAAUGGCAGCCCAAUUACAAAGCACAAGGGGUUCUUGGUGUUCAAAUUCAAGGAUUUUAACUGUACAGUGGAAUACUACAGAGCUCCAUUUCUUGUAUUGCAGAGCCGGCCUCCUAAAGGAGCUCCUGAAAAUAUCAGGACAACUCUCAAAGUUGAUACAAUGGAUUGGAACUCUGAGAAGUGGAGAGAUGCAGAUAUCCUGGUUCUUAACACAGGGCACUGGUGGAAUUAUGAGAAAACAAUAAGAGGGGGUUGCUAUUUUCAAAAAGGCAUGGAAGUUAAGCUGGAAAUGCAGGUAGAAGAUGCAUACAAACAGUCCAUUCAGACAGUAAUGAACUGGAUACAAGACACAGUAAAUCCUAGCAGGACCCAGAUUUUCUUUCGUACUUUGGCCCCAGUGCACUUCAGAGGGGGAGAUUGGAAAAACGGUGGAAACUGUCAUUUGGAAACACUUCCGGAGCUUGGCUCUUCACUGGUGCCUAAUGACAACUGGUUGCAGUUCAAAAUAGCCAAUGCGGUCUUAUCUGCUUACACGAAUGUUUCAGAAACUAAGAAGUUCAUGGUGUUGAAUGUUACUCAGAUGAGUGCUCAUAGAAAAGAUGGGCAUUCAUCGAUCUAUUAUCUUGGUCGUACUGUGGGGCCUCAUCGUCGCCAAGAUUGCAGCCAUUGGUGUCUGCCUGGUGUACCUGACACUUGGAAUGAGCUGCUUUAUGCACUGCUGCUUAAACAUGAAGCUGUUCACACUGAGAAAUCGUUUUGAUUGUGUUGCAUGGAAUCAUGUUGCGCAGAAAUUAGCCAAUUCUUUCCUAGAAAAGUGUUGCAGAGAGCUGCAAGAGAUAUUUUACAUUAGAAAUUUGCAGCCAGGGUUCAAGGUAUCAGAUUUUCUUGUGUGUUUUGACUAUUAGACUGAGGGAUGGAGCAACUGUAAUUAUCAAAUUCUUUGGUAAGGUAACACGAACACAGUUUUGAUACAACAUGAAACAUUAUUUAAGGAAAAUGCCAAGUGCAAUU